UAACAUGAUGGAUUGAUCACGUGUACCUCCUUGACUUGAUCGUCUGCUUUCCGCUGUCAUCAGAUUUCGUCUAUCGAGGUAUUGGGUACCUACUUGCUUUUAAUUAUCAUCUGAAAGCAUUGCAGGCCUCUUGAUUCCUUAACUCUUUUGAUCACAUCGAGUUACAUAUAAGCAGUCUAGGACUUUGAGUUGUGAGAAUCUAUCAAUUCCCAUUCUAAUGGGUUAAAAUCUUCGUAUUGCUUGCAUUCAAUUCUACCACACUCAGUCUUACGAGCUCAGUAUCAAACCAUUACAGGCCCAACUGUACUUAGUGUUACACUAUGGCAACUACUACUGCUCCAAACACGCCCUUGCUGAUUUAUGGUUCCAUCAUCCAGGCAGCUAGUGUGGAGUCUCUUGAGUAUGUCGAACAAGGCCUCCUAGUUGUUCAGUCUGGGAAGAUACUCCAUUAUUGCAAGAGCGUUAGACAGGAGGAUAUUCCCACCAUUCUUGGCAGUCUUGAAAUUGGAGCUCUUCUCCCCAGUAUUCGCUAUCUCAAAAAAGGUCAAUUCGUCAUUCCUGGGUUCAUUGACACUCACAACCACGCACCUCAAUGGGCUCAGCGUGGUUUAGGACGCGGGCUAGAAAUUCUGGAUUGGUUGGAUCAAGUAACAUUCCCAAAUGAGGCGAAAUUUGAGGAUCCAGAUCAUGCUCGACGUAUUUACAAUUCCUGUGUCGAUGGAUUCAUCAAGCAAGGCAUCACCACCGUGUCAUACUAUGGGUCCUUACACGGUGAAGCGACAAAGAUAUUAGCUGAUAUCUGUUUUGAAAAAGGACAACGAGCUUUCGUUGGGAAAUGCAAUAUGAAUCGCAACUCCCCUGCCUAUUACACAGAUGCAUCCGCAGAGUCCUCUCUUGAAGUCACGAAGGAGUUCAUUUCUCACGUUCGACACGUCGACCCCAAUUUUGACUUAGUCAGUCCUGUUCUUACUCCUCGGUUUGCAAUUUCCUGUACCGAUGAACUUCUUGCAGGCAUCGGACAAAUUGCAAAAGCCAAUCCGACUUUACCCAUUCAAACCCAUUUUUGCGAGGCAGAGUCCGAGAAAUCUGCAACCUUAUCCCUGUUUCCAUCAUUUACAAACGAAGCGGAUCUCUAUGAAAGUUUCAAUCUUCUAUCUCAGCGUUCCAUUCUCGCUCACUGCACCAUAAUGACAGAUUACGAGAUAGAGCGUAUUGCUGCACUCGAUUGUGGAGUAGCACAUUGCCCGGUUUCGAAUACUACAGUUGGUGGUGGAUUCAUGGCAGCACCCAUUCGUGAAUACCUUCGUCGUGGUAUCAAAGUUGGAUUAGGAACUGACAGUGGUGGUGGGUUCUCUUCUUCAAUUCUGGAUGCUAUGCGACAGGCUUUCAUAGUAUCCAAUGCGAGAGAUUUCCUCACCAAAGGUGCUGAUCCACGGUUAUCUCUUGCUGAAUGUUUCUACCUUGCGACACUUGGUGGUGCUCGAGUUUGCUGUCUAGAUCAUGUAAUUGGAGACUUUUCCAGUGGAAAACAGUUUGAUGCUUUGAUCAUUGAUACAGAAAUAGAUGGAGCAAUGACAAUGACUGAUGAAAAAGAUACCCUUCCGGUUCUCUUUGAGAAGUUUCUGAUGAGUGGAGAUGAUCGGAAUAUUCUUGAAGUUUAUGUCAAAGGCAGACAGAUCAAAAUUUGAUCGAAAUCUUAUGGCAGUUCUUCAAGUAACAGACAUAUCUUUUACUACUUGAAAGAAAUUGGUUGAGGCCACCUUAACAGGGCUAGGUCAGGCUUGAUAAUAUUGAAGAAUGCAGCAUAUUACCAACUUUCAAGUAGUAUAGUGAGCAUUCGUUUUGUUUGAAUGUCAUCUACUUCUCCGCAUUC